AUGAACGACCUAAAUUAUAACGCCGGGAUGAGUUCCUACCAGUUUGUAAACUCCCUCGCGUCCUGCUAUGGGAACCAGGCGCCUGGGCGCACCGGGACGCCAGUGGACCAAGCUGGGCAUCCCGGAUUACCGACCCCUGGAGCAGAUUAUUACAACCCGAACGCAGCAGCAACUGGUUAUCCGAAUGCUUGUUACUCCCCUCCACAAGUUGGUCACCAUUACCCACAACAUCCGUACGCGACGCCCGCCUCGGGAGCACACAUGCAACCGCAGACCAUGAUUGAUUACACACAACUACACCCGCAGAGACUGGGAAGCACUGCGAGCCAUAUGCACCAACAUUCAAACCCGAGCCCGGGGGCACUGUCACCUAACUUAAUGUCUACGCCACCAAGCCAAGCGGCUGGAGCUAGUUGUAAAUUCGCCGAUACUACUUCAACGACGGGAGUGGCGUCUCCGCAAGACCUUUCAACGUCUUCCGGGCCAGGAAGGACGUCACCAGGAUUCGGAAGCGUCGGCCAAAACUCUAGUGGAACAACGAGCACUAAGUUAGGGUUGACUACUCCCAUCGCAUCACCUGUAGAGCACAAAGCAAAUGUCAAUCAAAACAUCUCGAGCCCUGCGUCGAGCACAUCGAGUAAUGAAAGCAACGAGGCUAAUAACUCUAGUUCAACGAAUACGAAGAAUUCGAAGUCGGCUACCACCCAGCAGAACCCGCCGCAGAUCUACCCGUGGAUGAAGCGAGUACAUCUGGGUCAAAGUACGGUGAAUGCUAAUGGGGAGACGAAGCGCCAGAGGACAUCGUACACGCGGUACCAGACCCUCGAGCUAGAGAAGGAAUUCCACUUCAACCGGUACCUGACGCGGAGGAGACGGAUCGAGAUCGCGCACGCGCUCUGUCUCACAGAGCGGCAGAUCAAGAUCUGGUUCCAGAACCGGCGCAUGAAAUGGAAGAAGGAGCACAAGAUGGCAUCCAUGAACAUCGUGCCAUAUCAUAUGAAUCCGUACGGGCACCCCUACCAGUUUGAUCUUCACCCGAGCCAGUUUGCGCACCUCUCCGCAUAG